UUAUGUAGAGCUUCACCAUCUCCCGCCCCCCAAAACUCAAUCAUCCCCCAAAUCAUGGCUUCUUCCUUUUUGCUGUCCAACCGGUCUCCUUUUGCUGUCUUCUUCUUCUUCUCGCUCUUCUUGGUUGGCACCACUUCAUUUCAUGGUGUAGUUGCUUCUGCUUCCUCCACUUCUCUCUUCGCCAUCGAUGCGACCGAGAAUAAGGAUGAAGCAGAGGCUCUCUUGCAUUGGAAAUCAACUCUUGCCAACCGUAGCCAAUCGCUCCUCUCUUCAUGGCACGGCCACAAUCCUUGCCGCUUUACCGGUGUCGCUUGCAACGACCACGGAGCCAUCAGUCAUCUAAGUCUUUCCAGUCUCGGUUUGGGAGGAACUCUAGACGGCCUCGACUUCUCGCGCUUAACCAAUGUGGUCAGCUUUGACCUUUCCAACAACUCGAUCCAUGGCUCCAUUCCCUCGAGUAUCGGUAACCUUUCCAAACUCAACUUUCUUGAUCUUUGCUUCAAUAAACUGUCUGGGAACAUUCCUCCAAGUAUAGGCACACAGGAGACUCUUCAUUCUUUGUACCUAUGUGCAAAUCAGCUUUCUGGACCCAUUCCUCCUUCUCUUGGAAACUUAUGCAAUUUAACUGAAUUAGGCCUUUCACGCAAUAAAUUGUCCGGUCCCAUUCCGAGAGAAAUUAGUGAUUUGAGCAAUUUGAAAUCUCUUUUCUUAUGGGAAAAUGAACUUUCGGGAUCCAUACCUUCAGAAUUCGGGAGGCUCAAUUCUCUUAUCAGACUUGACCUAUCAGAAAACAAUAUCACCGGCCCCAUACCGUCAGAAAUUGGGAACCUGACCAAUCUAACUCUACUGAACCUUGCCAACAAUAAAUUCUUUGGUUCCUUGCCUUAUGAAUUCAAUAAGAUAACACGGUUGACUACUUUGCAUCUAUAUAAUAAUGAACUAGAGGGGGAAUUGCCAAAAGACGUAUGCCUUGGGGGAUCAUUGCAAUAUUUCACAGCCAAUAAUAAUCAGUUCACAGGACCCAUCCCAACAAGCUUAGAGAACUGUAGCACAUUAAUCAGAUUGAGGCUAGAUGGAAAUCAACUUACUGGAAACAUAACAGAAGCUUUCGGAAUAUAUCCACAUUCAGAUUUUAUUGACUUGAGCAGUAAUCGUUUGAACGGUGAACUUUCAUGGAAAUGGAAGCAUUGCCGUAAUUUGACGAGCUUAAGGAUAUCAAACAAUGACAUCUCUGGUGAGAUACCCUCGAUAUUUGGAAGGAUGGCUCAAUUACAGCUACUGAACCUUUCUUCAAAUAACUUAAGUGGAGAGAUUCCAAGGGAAUUGGGACGCCUGUCGAUGCUAUUUGAACUCGAUUUGAGCAACAACUCGAUCAUGGGAAAUGUCCCCACUGAGAUUGGACUUUUAUCCCAUUUGGCACACUUGAACUUGGCAUCAAACAAUUUGAGGGGAUCGAUACCGGGGCAGUUAGGUUCAUGCAAAAGCUUGUUGAGCUUGAACUUGAGCAUAAACAAAUUUCGGAGAAGCAUUCCUCUUGAGAUAGGCAACACACAAGUCCUCGAGGUUCUUGAUCUAAGUUGUAAUAUUUUGUCAGAAAAUAUACCAGGAGAGCUUGCAAAACUGAGAAACUUGCAAGUUCUAAAUAUCUCCCACAAUAGCCUAUCUGGUUCCAUCCCACAGUCUUUUGGUGAUAUGUCGGCCUUGACUUCUAUUGAUAUAUCCUACAAUGACCUAGAAGGUCCUCUCCCAAAUGUCAAGGCUUUCAAUGAGGCUCCAUUUGAGGCAAUUCAACAUAACAAAGGGCUCUGUGGGAACGUUGUGGGUUUAUCGAAAUGCAAUUCCACCGGAAGCAAGAAGCCCAAUCGGCAUGUUGGAGCAAAAAUCACAAUUAUCCUUAUUCUCUCAUUCUUGGGGUUUCUCCUUCUCUCUUGCACCUUUAUCGUUCUAAUAAUCGUCUAUAAUCGUCGAAGAAGGAUUAUCAAGAGAGAGGACAAUGAAGGGGCAACGGAUUUGGACUUCAGGCGUAUUUUGGGUUAUGAUGGCAAAGUUUUCUAUGAUCGAAUCGUUGAGGCCACGGAAGGAUUUGACUCCAAGUACUAUGUGGGUGAAGGAGCAUAUGGCAUUGUUUAUAAAGCAGAGAUAUCAGAAGGUCAAACGUUUGCUGUCAAGCAAACCCGGUCAUCCCGUGAAGGUACUGAGAUCGCUGAUUUGGUACCAUUUGAAAGGGAAAUUCAAGCCUUGUCAAAUAUACGCCAUCGCAACAUCGUGAAAUUUUAUGGCUUCUGCUCUCAUGCCCAACGUUGUUUUUUGGUGUAUGAGUACUUGGAAAGAGGAAGCUUGAGAACAACUUUGAACGAUGAUCAAAGAUCAAUAGAAUUUGGAUGGGACAAGAGGAUAAAUGUGGUCCGAGGAGUUGCAGAUGCAUUGUCCUAUAUGCAUCGCGAAUGUUGUCCUCCGUUGAUUCAUCGAGACUUGACCAGUAACAACAUUCUAUUGGAUCGUGAUUAUGAGGCUCAUGUUUCCGAUUUUGGCACUGCAAGACUAUUGAGACCGGAUUCAUCAAACUGGACAACCAUUGCUGGUACCAUCGGCUAUAUUGCUCCAGAGCUGGCUUACUCUUCAGUUCCUACCGAAAAGUGUGAUGUGUAUAGCUUUGGAGUCAUCGCAUUGGAGACAAUCAUGGGAAAGCAUCCAGGAGAUUAUGUCUCUCGAGAAUGUUCAUCAUCCGCCCAAACUAAGUUGAUGAUGUUGAAGGAUGUGUUGGAUCAACGUCUCUCACCUUCUAGACUUGGCCUUCGAGAUGCGCAGGACGUGGUCUUGAUUGCCAAGCUAGCGUUCGAGUGCUUGCAAGCCAAUCCGAGGCUUCGACCUACCAUGGGACAAGUCUCACGUGAACUUCGCAUUCAAGUACCUCUGGAUAUGCCACUCUCUGCAGUCAGCUUAGAGCAACUUAGCGAUCCCAAUUUAAAAAAAUUUGGAGCAUUUCAGGUGAUGUUAAGAUUUGAAGUUUUCAUGUGUUAUUGUGUCUAAUUUUCACUUAUGAUGACGAUCCCCUUUUGAAUAUUUUUGAGUUCUCACCAAUCCCCACUUGUGAUUUUUGAUUUUUAUUGCAG